CCUCUAGAGUUUACACUCCGUCUGGCAGGGCCUUAUACUACCCCUCAAGGAAUUCGCGCUGAAGCUGUCGCCGUUGAAGAAAAUCUCUCAAUUUCCGUGAUUGUGUGUUUCUAGCCUUUGCGGUGGUUUCUUUCCGAGCCUAGAACUACUUCUCUUAUCACCAGUGCUAGGAUAACUCGUUCUUUCUCGUGCCCGCACAAGUAACAUGUCUGACGGCCAGGAAAACGUCCCGGAAGGAUGGGAAAAGCGUACCAGCCGCUCCACCGGGAUGACUUAUUAUUUAAACAUCUACACUAAAGAGUCUCAGUGGGAUCCACCCACCUCUCCCGCGGAACCGGCCAACUCCUCGGAACCGUCGGAGGUGCAAUGCGCACAUCUGCUCGUGAAGCACAACAAAUCGCGAAGAGCUAGCUCGUGGCGCGAAGAUAACAUCACCCGCAGCAAGGACGAGGCUUUGGAAAUACUCGAAGGCUAUCGCAAGAAAAUUCAAUCGAACGACACAACGCUGCAGGAGCUAGCACAACGGUACUCGGAUUGCAGUUCCGCCAAACGGGGCGGUGAUUUGGGCAUGUUCAAGCGAGGCAUGAUGCAGAAACCCUUCGAAGAAGCCGCAUUUGCCUUGAAGGUGGGCGAAAUGUCCGACAUUGUCGAUACCGAUUCCGGUGUUCAUUUGAUUCUUCGGUUAAAGUAG